AUGUCCCAACGACAGUCUCUAGAACACAAACGGCACCAUCACUUUGGCCGCCACCGCAGCGGGAGCUACCUCUCCAGACGCUCCUCCUCCUACUCUGCUACACUCGACACACCAUCAUCCAACGCACCACCCCGCAUCUUCGAAGGCACAGACGCCGUUCACCAGAACCGCAAAGUCGCACUCCAACGCGUCAUAGACACCCACCAUGCCCUUGAACUUAAACAUGGUGAUGCCGCACAAACACCAACGAGCACCAGUAGCGACCGCCCCACAUCAUCAUCCUCUUCCAUGUCCUCGGACCCUUUUACUAUAGACUUUGCCGACAUGUCGUUUCCCGACGCCGAAGUCCGCGCUUUUCGCUACUUGCAAAGGAGAUGGGAUGCCAACACGUACUGCACGCCCGACCCGGAGUUUGCAACUGCGAUUGCAGGGCGAAAAGAAAAGUUUGAGGAGACGGCGAUCAAGCAUUUCUUCAGCCGUGUCGCGCUGUGGGAUGCAAGUGCAGAGGAGAAGCAAGAAGCGGGUAUGACGCGCAGUAUCUUCUUCUUCCGCAACAGGCGGCGGAGGAGGUCGAGGGCAAAGAGCGAUGUUAGUCGCAUGCUGGGCAUACCGGAGAGGGAUGACAAGGACAAGGAGGACGAGGCGUUGGAGGCGUUGAAGGAGGUUACUACGAGGGAGGGGCUGGCGCAGUUACUUUGGACGUUGGUGCAUACUGAUGAGGAGUUGGCGGGAUUGAGAGAGGAGUGUAUGGGCGCGUUAAAGGAGAUGUAUCGGGUGACUGUUACGGGGGUGGAAGGUGACGGGUCUUGA